AUGGAGUACAACAUACUGGAAUCGAUAGACCUCAAUGAAAAAUCUAUUUACAAAUCCUUUACAGAGAGAUACUUCAGUAAAAGAUAUAUACUCAAUGUGAAUGGUAUUAAGAACAAUGAUAUUAUGUUGUUGUUUCAUUCAAACAGAAUAACAUUACUAUGCCUCGCUCCUAGUCAUUUCUUUUUUAAACGAGAUGAUGACUACAAAUUGAACUUUACUAUCGGUAAGGUAGAUAGAUUGUCGAACACUGUUAAAGGCAAAGGCAAGAAAGGAGGUCAAAUGUUGACCCCAAAUACAGCCAUCUGUAAAGUUGAAUGGAGUGAUGACACAAGUUUUGAAAUACCUGCCGGAAUGAAGGGUUUUCUUGUUGAGAUCAAUGAACAACUGGUGAAAAAUCCCAAACUAUUAAGAGAAAGCCCUAAUUCUGAUGGAUUUAUAGCUAUUAUGCUAUCAAGUAUUUCAAUUUCUGACUCAAUGAAAAAGGAGCUACUGAACCAUGAAGAGUAUUUAAAAAUUAUAAACAGUAGUUGUGAAUAG